AUGGUGUGUGUGAGGAGGAGGAUGGGUCCAUCCAAGUCUGCAGCCGGCAAGGCGCACAAACGCGGCACGGCCCAGUUCGAAGCCCGUGAUAACGCCCUAGCGCGGCAUGAGUCGCCACCUGCAAGCUGCGUGGUGACACAUGCCCGCAUAGCCGCGGUCCGUAUUGAGAGGCGGCAGAGCAGCGAGGAUGGAUGGGUGGUAUCCAGGCAGACGAAAACCCACACGCCCCCUCCUCCCUUCUCCUCCUCGAGCGCGCUUAUCAGGUGGCGGUGA